AUGCCAAAGCGACAAUUAUUAGAUUCUGCCACUCAACAGGAGCAAUUGCAUACCAAACGUAUCAAAGACCACACUCCAUCCGUUCGAAACUCCAUGCUUCCCAUUCCCUCCGAUAGUAUAGAAUGGUUUGAAGAAAUGCAUAACUCUCCUCUCUCUUUAUCGCAAAAGAAGGACUCUUCACCAGAUCAUCUCAUCCCACCCGAAGUUUUUCAAAAUCAUAUCUUUCGUUUUCUGGCUGGUGAUGAUCGUACUCUAAGAAAUUGUAGUCUAGUUUCCAAGUCAUUCUUUGUGUGGUCGACUUCAGACCCGGUGUAUGAUGUUUGUAUGCAACGAGAAUUUCCCUUCUACACACGUCGACUCAAACAAAUCAACCAGUACACUAAUUUGUAUUUGAAAUUCAAUAGGAGAACAAAGGCUUCCUUCAAUAUCAAUGAAUUGUUUUGGGCUCUUAUUGAAAAGGCAAAUAGAGAUGCCAACAGUCUUGAGAGAAUGAUCGUUGAUGAUGGUUAUUUGGAUUUCAUUCACAAACUCGAAAAUGAAUUUGAAAAUGUGAAAAAUACUCUCUAUGAAGCUUCUGUUAAGGAGGAUUUGACAUGUUUCGAAGAUGAUGGAGGCUUAUAUGCCAUGUGUCUGGUUAUUUCACAAGGCAAGCAAGCUUGGGAGGAAAUGUGUCAAGAUCCCUCAAAAGGAGAAGACUUGCCAGGAGACGAAUCGUUCUUGUAUCCGUUCAGCAGUUAUACCUACGGUUUGGGUGAAGAUGGAGAUGAAGAACCUCCUUUUGAUUUACUGGCACAAGGAUAUGAUGCUUUUAAAGAGCAAUCGAGAUAA